CUGCUGUACGUCAGCAGCCCCCUCAGAUGCUUCGUCCUCAUCGUUUUGCGUCCUUUUCUAAAAAAGUUCAGUGACGACAACUUGAAAAAAGAGGAACACUGACAGCCCCAGGGCCGCCGCCGCCGCCGUGACGGUAAAAGGUGCGAGCGAAAUCCGGCGUCGCAUGUGCCUUGAUGCAAGCCCGUGCUGGGAACUUCCCUCUUUGCCUCACUCUCGAUGUGACACAAUUCCUUUUGUCCCAAGCCAAACCAUGCGGUUCGGCGAGCAAAUAUUGUGUCUGAAAACAAGACGAGGAGCUGACUGAAUGGGAUGAAAGUACAAAGGAAGCAAAAAAAAAAAAAAAAAAAAAAAAAGAGGAAACAAAAACAACCAUGCUGAAACACUACCAGGUGGUUUAUAUUGGCUUGGAGCUGCUGAUUGCUAUCCUGGCUGUGGCUGGGAACAUUCUGGUCUGCUGGUCCGUCUGCCUGAACUCCAACCUGCAGAGCAUCACCAACUUCUUUGUUGUCUCUCUAGCGGUUGCUGAUAUCGCUGUGGGGCUGCUGGCAAUUCCCUUCGCUAUUACGAUUAGUGUGGGUUUCUGUGCCGAAUUUUACGGCUGCCUGUUCAUCGCCUGCUUUCUCCUCGUGCUCACACAGAGCUCAAUCUUCAGUCUGCUGGCCAUCGCUGUGGACCGCUACAUUGCGAUCAAGAACCCUCUCAGGUACAACAGUCUGGUAACAGGGCAGAGGGCAAAGUGCAUCAUAGCCCUAUGCUGGACUCUGUCAGCCGGGAUCGGCCUGACACCCAUGAUUGGCUGGAACACGGGGUGGAACGCCACAAUUCACAGCACAAAAAAUAACAGCUGCCCUGAAGGCAUGACCCAAUGCCUUUUUGAGAGCGUAGUUCCCCUGGACUACAUGAUCUAUUUUAACUUCUUUGGCUUCGUGCUGACCCCUCUCUUGGUCAUGCUGGUCAUCUAUAUCAACAUCUUCAUGGUGGCUCGGCGGCAGCUCCGCCGGAUGAGCGUCAAGGUCGCGCACGCACCUCUUCCCGGACAAAGAGCGCCGUCUUCGAACUCUUCCCGUUCUUUUCUGCAGAAGGAAGUGCACGCUGCCAAAUCCCUGGCCAUUAUCGUGGGCUUGUUUGCUCUCUGCUGGCUUCCCGUUCACAUCAUCAACUGCUUCAACCACCUGUGCACGAACUGCGAGCGCCCAACUAUCUGGGUGUUGAACAUCGCCAUCAUCCUCUCCCAUGCCAACUCUGUGGUCAAUCCCUUUAUCUACGCCUACCGCAUCAGGGAGUUCAGGCAGACUUUCCGCAGGAUUUUUCACAAGCACAUCCUGAGGCAGAAAGACGGUGAUGCUAUCGGGGCCGGGAGUGCUGACAGCAGAGACGUCCGCUGCAACAGCAUUCGACGGACGUCGGAAACGAGUAAAGAGGGUUCGACGUGUGACACGGUGGUGAAUAACUACAUCCUGGAUCCUGAUGCUGAUCAAUCAAGGUGCAACGCCAUGCACCAAGCCUCAAGCCACUGGACUUCAAAUUUAGAUGCCCUACCAAGCAGCUUCAUAACCAAUGGACACAAAAUGCAAAGUGGCACCGUCUCAGUGAUGCCGGAGAAGCCAUGCAUGGCAUGUUGUGCACAGGAUGCAGUAGAAUCAGUCAUAUACGGAGAGGAAGCAACAGAUGUUUUUGAGCUCAAAGAUAGAGGAGGCUGCACUGCCUUUGUAAACGUGCAAGCUCUCUCCAUAAAAAAGACAGAUGGUUGCUGCUCUACAGAUAUAGCAGAGGUGUCAUGACACAUAUGUUCAGAUAUGAAGAAAAAAAAAAUUCACCACCGCGACACACUUAAUCCUGUGCAAACACGACAGUUUGACGACAAUUUCAGCAAAGAAACAAAACGCUGAACGGAACAUGUAUUUCUCUGAAACAUAGCAGCUGAUUCUAAAGGGGGGAAAUCCUUAUUUGCUGUUCCUCCGUAUAUGACCCAAGUGUUAGUUGACGAUCAGGCAACAUGAAAAUAAAGAAGUUGGAAGAAGACUGAUGUUUAAUAUGAGCUGAUGCUUGUAUUAUAUCUGCUUGUUGUGCAGUGACCUCUAUAGAUAUGUGUUUGUUUUUUGUCAAUUAAUGUUUACAUUAAGAAAAAAACAUUAAACCUCAAUAAUGAUACGUUUAGUUUUUAA